GGCGGCGGCGGCGGCGGCGGCGGGAGCAGCGGCGAGCUGAAUGGUCUUAAAAUGGUUGAGCCAAUGGAAGAAGGGGAACCAUAUUCCUACCAUCAGGAUGAAGAAAGUAUUAAAGAAAUUCCUAUUACCCACCACGUAAAAGAAGGCUGUGAGAAAGCAGAUCCUGCUCAAUUUGAGUUACUCAAGGUUCUUGGUCAGGGAUCAUUUGGAAAGGUUUUUCUCGUAAGGAAGAUCAUUGGUCCGGAUGCUGGGCAGCUUUAUGCAAUGAAAGUAUUGAAAAAAGCAUCUUUAAAAGUCCGAGAUAGAGUUCGUACAAAGAUGGAGAGGGAUAUACUAGUAGAAGUAAAUCAUCCAUUUAUUGUCAAAUUGCACUAUGCCUUUCAGACUGAAGGGAAGCUAUAUUUAAUAUUGGAUUUUCUCAGGGGAGGAGAUGUAUUUACAAGAUUAUCCAAAGAGGUUAUGUUUACAGAGGAAGAUGUGAAAUUCUACCUCGCAGAACUUGCCCUUGCUUUGGAUCAUCUGCACAGCCUGGGGAUUGUGUACCGGGACCUGAAGCCAGAAAACAUUUUGCUUGAUGAAGCAGGACAUAUCAAGUUAACAGAUUUUGGACUCAGCAAAGAAUCUGUAGACCAAGAAAAGAAGGCCUAUUCAUUUUGUGGUACAGUCGAGUAUAUGGCUCCUGAAGUAGUGAACAGACGAGGCCAUACCCAGAGUGCUGAUUGGUGGUCAUUUGGCGUGUUAAUGUUUGAAAUGCUUACUGGUACUCUGCCUUUUCAAGGUAAAGACAGAAAUGAAACCAUGAAUAUGAUAUUGAAAGCAAAACUUGGAAUGCCUCAGUUUCUUAGCCCUGAAGCACAAAGUCUUCUAAGGAUGUUAUUCAAAAGAAAUCCUUCAAAUAGAUUAGGAGCUGGUUCAGAUGGAGUUGAAGAAAUCAAAAGACAUCUUUUCUUUUCGACUGUUGACUGGAAUAAAUUAUAUAGAAGAGAAAUUCAACCCCCAUUCAAACCUGCUUCUGGAAAACCAGAAGAUACAUUUUGUUUUGAUCCUGAGUUUACUGCAAAAACACCCAAAGAUUCUCCUGGAGUUCCACCCAGUGCUAAUGCGCAUCAGCUUUUCAAAGGAUUUAGCUUUGUCGCAACUACUACCAUAGAAGAUCAGAAAAUUUCUCCCCUUACAAAUAUAUUGCCAAUAGUACAGCAACUACAUGGAAGCAGUGCACAAUUUAAUGAUGUGUAUGAACCAAAGGAGGAUAUUGGUGUUGGCUCCUAUUCUGUUUGCAAGCGAUGUAUACACACAGCUACCAACAUGGAAUUUGCAGUUAAGAUAAUUGACAAAAGUAAGAGAGACCCCUCAGAAGAAAUUGAGAUUUUGAUGCGCUAUGGACAACACCCCAACAUUAUCACUUUAAAGGAUGUCUAUGAUGAUGGUAGAUAUGUUUACCUUGUUACUGAAUUGAUGAAAGGAGGAGAACUACUUGAUCGUAUUCUCAGACAAAAGUAUUUUUCAGAACGGGAGGCUAGUGAUGUACUAUAUAUAAUAACUAAAACAGUUGACUACCUUCACUGUCAAGGAGUUGUUCAUCGAGACCUUAAGCCUAGUAAUAUUUUAUAUAUGGACGACUCGACUAAUGCUGAUUCAAUUAGGAUCUGUGAUUUUGGGUUUGCUAAACAACUUCGAGGAGAAAAUGGACUUCUUUUAACUCCUUGCUAUACUGCCAACUUUGUAGCACCUGAGGUUCUCAUGAGGCAAGGUUAUGAUGCUGCUUGUGAUAUUUGGAGUUUGGGUGUCCUGUUUUAUACAAUGCUGGCUGGCUAUACGCCUUUUGCUAAUGGUCCCAAUGAUACUCCUGAAGAAAUCCUGUUACGGAUAGGUAGUGGAAAAUUCUCUCUAAGUGGUGGAAACUGGGACACUGUUUCAGAUGCAGCAAAGGAUUUGCUAUCCCAUAUGCUUCAUGUUGACCCACAUCAACGGUAUACUGCUGAACAAGUAUUAAAACACUCAUGGAUAGCCUGUAGGGACCAGCUACCCCAUUAUCAGCUCAACAGGCAAGAUGCACCACAUCUUGUAAAGGGAGCAAUGGCUGCUACAUACUCUGCACUGAAUCACAAGACCUUUCAGCCAGUCUUAGAGCCUGUCGCUGCUUCGAGUUUAGCUCAACGGAGGAGCAUGAAAAAGCUAACAUCCACAGACUUGUAAGAUUGCCAAACUGGAGGAAGGGAAAAUCUGAGGAGUGGCUCUCUCUUCUCUCUGCCUAAUCGGUGAUCAAAGGCAUAUAUAUAGUUUUCUGCUACACUACUUGAAAAUUCUGUAUAAGUCCUUUUUUUAGAAAACAAUUUUUAAAAACCACCACAGGUCCACAAAAUUCAUCCACAAUGUUGUUUAGCAGCAGUGUCUUUGUAUUUAAGUUAAACACUAGGGUAUGUCAAGACCCUAAAUAAUUCUUGCAAACUGACUUCUUAGAAGUUUGUCACAGCUAUGGAUAUGUUAUUAAUGGUUUCUCUGGUUUAGUAAAGAAUGGUUUGGGGCAACCAUUUCCAGUGACCAGGUUGCACAUAAAGAAGUGUAAUGCCAAGCAGUAUCAGUAUUUUUUUAAAAUAUUAAGCCCUACUAGAAAACCUUUUUUGGUUUGUGUCCUUUUAAACAAGUAUAGAAACUUGUCAUUUUCCAUAAUCAAUAGACUCCAUUUAACUCUCUGUAGCUGCCAAAGUAUAGACUUGGCAGUUUGGUUCCAGUGUGAGAACUCCCAAGCCUACCUGGUGCCAAGGCCUUGAGACAAGGAUUAGCUAAAACAAGACAUGCAGUUUAUUUGUUUUGUUUUUUGUUUUUUGUUUUUUGUUGGGGGGGGGCAAUGAGGGUUAAGUGACUUGCCCAGGGUCACACAGCUAGUAAGUGUUAAGUGUCUUAGGCUGGAUUUAAACUCAGGUCCUCCUGAAUCAAGAGCCAGUGCUUUAUACUCUGUGCCACCUAGCUGCCCCCUAAGACGUGCAGUUUAGAUCCGAAUAUUAUCCAGUCAGGUCAGUAAGUGACUUCAUCUAGAUAUAAGGGUGGGGGCAGCUAGGUGGUGCAGUGGAUAAAGAACUAGCCCUGGAUUCAGGAGGACCUGAGUUCAUAUCCGGCCUCAGAGACUUGACACUUACUAGCUGUGUGACCCUGGGCAAGUCACUUAACCCUCAUUGCCCUGUGCAAAAAAAAGAAAAAAAUCGAUAUAAGGGUAUCCAUCAAACUUCUAUAAAAUUUAAAUCUAAUUGGGGGUUUUCUAAGAAAACCAGAGACUUUCCCCCCUGCUCCUUCCCCCAGAGUCUGUCAUCAAUGGUGUAAUAUACUAAAUAGGAUUCAACCUUUGAGGAUAUGAGUCUAGUGUUGGCACUGAGUUGGUUACAUGUCACUCUUUCAGCUUAACCAGUCAGAUUUGCUCAUUACCUGCCCCCCUUUACACAUGAAUUACACUGCUGUUUUUCUGACUGCCUUGUGCUUUGGAUUGCAGUAUGCCAUGGGAAUCUCCCCUGAAAUGUAUGGUAAUCCAACUGACAUUUUAGUGUAGUACUUGUGCACUUAGCACAUGUGAUAUAGUGUGCAUUUCAGUAAACCAGAAAAUAUUAUGUCAUAGUUUAAAUUCAUUAGGGUGAGUAGCAUUUGAAAUAAGAAAUAACAUUAAUGGUCAACAUCUAAAUUUGAGCACAUUUUAAAAUCAGACUUCAUCAAAAAGCCAAACUGGUCUGAGAUCAUUGAAUAUAUGAUUCAGACCCCCUUCUAUAGUAGGUAUUGUUUUCUCUAAGUGAUGGACUCUCUAAAUCAUGGGAAAAUAACUAAAUGAAAAAUUUUAAGGUGAUGCCACCAUUACUAUUACUACUGGCAAAAGGAACUCAUGAAUGUAAACUGGAGGAUAUUCAGAUUUUGCUUUAUGAAUAUCUGUGAACUACUUGUGUGUGCUAGGAGUACUGUUUGCUGUGUGUGUUCAUUUUAUUCAGUCGAGAGCAGGAAAUUUAUUUCUGCGUGCAGAACUAUGCCAUUUAGGUUGGGAGACUUGGAGGUUUGGUAUUUAAUAAAAGAAAACCUAUUCUUUUCAUUAUAUAAAUGAUAUAUACCCAUUACACCCAGAGCUGUUUCUUGGGUGUGUUGUGUGAAAGUUUGUAUCUCUUAUUUUGAACUGUCUAUUUGAAAUACUUGAAAGACAUUAAAGAGCAUCUAAUGCCACAUGGAAUACAUCAUUUAGAAAUAGUUAUACUGGUGUCUUAUCUGGUGGCUUUUCCUGGCCCACUUUGGCUUUUUGGCUUUUUCUUCUCUCAUUUUGUUUUGUUACUGGAAGUGCUCGCAUGUGACAACAGUCUGUUCAUAUUUCCAACUUAUUACCUACCUUGUCAUCAUCUUAUUUGUCCUGCUGGGUCAUUGUCCUAUCAAAGUUGAUAACAAAAGUUCCGAAGUAUAGUUUUGGUGUUGGAUUUUCAGAACUUUUACAAGAUCAAGAAAUAUAUAUAUUUCUCUAGUAAUAAAAUCUGGAGAAGUAAAAUUGUAAAAGGAAAUGAAAAUGAUCCUAAAACUUGCCAAUUUUCCAUAGGCGAUCUUUUGUUUACAAAAGAAAAAUUUUUAAUUUUGUGAAAAUUUUAUAUCCAAAUAGUACAAUCGUACUAUUUUCAGGGUACACGAUCGGUAUUAGACAAAGGGAUUCCCUAUCUAAUAUGAUUCUUCCAGUUGACACUUUGUAAAGGGUACAAAGAUAACCUGAUGGAUGUGCCAUUUUCUACUGAUUCGAUUACCAAAAGUUUCCUUGUGAAUUCAGACAUGCUAGCCUAGCAGUGUGAAGUCUGAACUAAGAUUUCAUUUAAAACAGAACUGACUUUGGAGAAGGAAGGAAUGGCAGUUAAGAAUAUCAUUUGUUCACUUCCACAAAUAUGAAUUGAAAGAAGGCAUUUGAGUGGCAAGAGUCGGACAGGACAUGGUUUAUUCGUUAAACUAAUCUUUAUUUUCUACAAAAUUCAGUGUUCCUCUUGUGAUAUCUUUGAUGUAUUUACUUUUUGUGGGAAUUUCCUUCAAGUUAACAGAAAUAAGAGUUCUUGACCGUAUUUAAAGAGAGCUUAGUUUUGCAUUACUGGAGCAGGGGAUAUAUAGAGUAAACAUUUAGUUUAUCUUUCUCCAACCAAGAAGACCAGUUUUGCUCAAAACAACUAUCUCUAAGUCCUAAAGCACAUCUCUUACCAUGAGAAAACUCAGGAAAACAUUUACAAGUGAAAUUGUAUGUAAGUCUAGUGCUGGUGGUAGUUAUUGUGAGGGGGGAGAAAUGACAAUUUCUGUCCUUCAGUGAAGAUGAAGCUUCAGCCUAUUUUGUUAGACCCAGAAAUGCUUAUGCAUUGAAUUCCUAUACUUUCUUGUGGUUGGGAUCAAAACAGUGAAACAUUUUUCACAGUAAAAAAUGUAGAUUUGAUAGUAGCUUUCUUCCAAUGAGCUCAAAGAGCUUUCACAUGUACAAGUAUCCCCCAGCCUAAAAACAGGUUGUAUUCCAAA